UAAACUUUGUUUUGGUUCGUGCAGGGUGAGGUGUAUAAUUACCAGUCAGUGCAACUGUGUGUUUUAGAUACUUUGUGCCACGAUCACGGAAUUGGAAGCAACAAGUUCCGCUAAACUCACGAAGGAAACGAAAGAUCCCCCCGAGGCUGGAAGCGAACUUGGGAACCUGUGAUUAAAAGAGCUCAGAAAUUCACUGCGGGCCUGGUACGGAGCUGUCUAGUUGUUAAAAGGCACGCCGGAAUUCUGCGCAUUUUUGGGCUACUACGUACAAGUACAAGACCAGAGUAAAACUUGUCAGAAGGCGCACUUCUUUAUUUUUUGGAUAGCGGAAUCAUUCGCAAAACUCAACGCAGCAAACGGUCGACACAAAAAUCAACGAUGAAUAUGCACAGUUGUCCAACCGUUAUUUCAAUACUCUGCUUGGUACUGGCUAUGCCACACGUCAACGGAAACGUCAUAUCUUUAAACCUGCUCACUGCUCAUGAAGGAAGCGGUACGACAGUGGAUCCAAUUCAAGAAUGCAUCACGACUUUUGAAGGUUACGACAAAUAUUACUUACAAGGAGCAAAAGAGGACAGUUACAUUGCUUACAAUACAACCACUUUUGAUCAAUGCAUGAUGAAGUGUUGCACAGAAGAAAGGUUCGAAUGCAAGUCUUUUAGCUUCCUAGUCGAGUUAGACAUGUGUUUUGUUCUCAACAUAACGCAGUACGAUGAACGUGCAACUUUGAAGUUUUCUGUUCACUAUGUUCACUACCAAAGAAAAAUCGAUGUGACGACGUUUGCACCCGAGACAACAACCGACUCUGAAGAGACUUCACCCCGGAUGACCCCUACGACACCGAUGUCGACAGAGGAAGACGUCACGACAGCGGAGAUAGACGUCACUUCCGCAGGGCUGGCCAUUGAAGCGCUAGAGACGACUCGGGGCAUGGCUAGUACCUCGCCUAGGCUGCUACGGUCGUCUACGCGGCGGAAUGAGGCACCGAGAAGCAUAAGUGCGUCUCAAACAGUUCCACUGUUGCCAGGUACCGAUGAGCCCACAACGUUCGGAGCUACAGAGACUACCAAUGUCGUAACAACCAGCUCGUUUCAUGGCCCACGAACCAUGAGGAAUUCAUAUAUUCCGUCGACGGAAACUGUUCGAACCAUCUGCCCGCGUACAUGCAAAAACGGUGGUGAAUGCAGACUGUUUGAAGUUGCUGAAAACGAAGAGAAUAACGAGCUCGAACCGGUGGUCGCUAGGUGUCAGUGUCAACCAGGUUUCUCGGGGCUAUUUUGUGAGCAAGCGGCGCAAGCUGCUGGAGUCCCAGUCUACGUGAUCGUGGUCGCAGUACUUGGCUCAAUCAUCCUGAUUCUGUUUGCCGCCGUUUUGGUGACGUAUGUUCUGUAUAGAAAACGCACAGGGAAGUACAGGGUUCGGGAACAAAGGCAGAGAUGGGAUAAGAAGUCAGACGCAAGAAGAGCCCAGAGUUUUAACUCCUUAGCAAGAAGAUCGCCGGGUGGAAGUGAGCUGAGCGUUCCUGGCUCGGUAAACUCGACAGCUACUCGAUCCACGACCACUUCCUCGUAAUCUAGUUAAAACCGGUUUAAUCCUGAUGAUCGCAUCAAGUUCCUGCCAUGGAAAUGCCCGUGGGGAACAAAUAACUUUUAUCUCAAUACUGUUUGAACACAACAAACUGAAGAUGCCACUAUUUCAAUGUAUUGCCCCUCAUAUUCUGACACGUUUUUGGGCUUGUACAUAUACGAGAUCAAUUGUUUAUCUUCUGUAUAGCGAUUUUCAACUACUAGCGCGUACUCUUUGUAUUAUAUGUUUCCACGCACAUUUAAGCAUUCCAAUUGGAAAGUGUUGUCGCUAGAGCACACACACUUUCCAGUUUCUUUUGCCGUAUUUUGCCCUUCGUUAUCACUGUGAUCAUACUGCAUUUGAAAUGAAGUUCGUUAUAUAUUCCAGUUUGCGAAAUACCGCAUACUUUAAAGGUUUCGCUUAAAAUCAUCAACGCAUUACAGUGUUUACACUUACGACAUGCGCCCCUAAUUAGACACAAAAGAAGAUUAGAUUUAAACAUCUAAUGUCACUGGGUACAUUUUUUCAUCGUCCUUGUAAAUUUCUUUGCAGAAUCGAACCUUUUACCAACUCGUGUAUUUUGUGCCUUCCGUAUAUCCUUGGUUGUUUUGAUUCUGCUUUCGGUACCUUAUGCGUUGUAAAUUAACAUUUUUUCAUUAACCUCGCCACCUGAACCAGAUUAGUUUGAAGUAAAAAUUGUAUUUGUAAGUUA